GUGCCUUUUCUCGGUUGGCAUGUUUCUCUAGCUUGCUUAAUUUGAGAGCUGAACAUUUAGCGAGAAAAUAUGAGCAUGAUAAAGGUUUUUGAUCAGUAUUUGUGCAAGGGUCUCGAAAAUGUUCCAGUUUUACGAGAGGGUAAUGUCAGCAAAGAAGAAUAUUCUGAAUUUCAGUAUUCUCCAGAGAACAUCCAGGGGCCGGGAUGUGACAUAGACCCCAGUGAGGUUACUCUUCCUGGAUGCUCCUGCAACGCCCACUCCUGCCUUAGAGAGAGCUGCUCCUGCCUGCAGACUUACGGACAGACAUGCAGACAAACGUACGACGGCCACGGCCGACUCCAAGACCAGGGGGAUACGGAGACUGGUUACUGCAGGCCUGUGUUUGAGUGUAACGCCUUGUGUGGCUGUAGUGAGGCCUGCUGUAACCGGGUGGUCCAGAGAGGCCUGGGGCUCAAGUUGUGUGUCUACCCCACAGAGGACAGAGGCUGGGGCUUGCGAGCGCUGGAGCCCAUCCCCUGUGGAACCUUUGUGUGUGAGUAUGCCGGGGAGGUGAUUGGCUUUGAGGAGGCCAGACGCAGACAGCUUGCUCAGGGGCUUGAGGACAAAAACUACAUAAUUGCUGUGCGGGAGUAUGCUGGCCAGGGCCCGGUCAGUGAGACCUUUGUGGACCCAACUGUGGUUGGGAAUGUGGGGCGUUUUCUGAACCACUCCUGCCAACCCAACCUGUUCAUGGUGCCUGUCCGGGUGCACUCCCUGGUGCCCAGGCUGGCCCUGUUUGCUGGCAGGGACAUCACCCCUCAGGAGGAGCUCACAUUUGACUACUCAGGGGGCUAUAGCAAUACACCCUCAGUGGAGAGGUUGGUCCAGAGUGACCCUGGGACAGAGGCCAGUGAGACAGGUACCCUCCAGAGGAAACCAUGCCACUGUGGUGCCCAGAAUUGUUCCCAAUUUCUGCCACUGGAUUUAUCUGUUCUCAACAAUUAGAUUAGAGGGAUGCAUUUAUUUGGUAAAUGUUUAUACAUUGAUGUUUUGUUAUUUUGAAGUGAUCAUGUUGUACUGGAAAGGAGAGACACUUUGCACUGAACCCUUUUUUUGUUGUUUCUGUUGAAUACAACUCUGUUGAAUCACUAACACAGGCUUCUGGGGUAUUCAUCCUAUGCUUACCAGUGUGGCAUCCAUCUGACUUAAAGAUGAAAUCUGGGAUUGGUGCCUCCAUCUAGAAUAAAGGGGAAAUCUGGGAUUGGUGCCUCCAUCUAGAAUAAAGGGGAAAUCUGGGAUUGGUGCAUCCAUUUUGAAUUCAUACUGUCAUUGAUUACAAAGGGCUCAUGAGCUUAGUUCAACUGUCUUAACCCAUCAGAACCCAAACUAUAAGCAUGUUUGUAAUUCUGAACAAACUGUAAUUCUAAACAAACACAGUAUAGUUUCAAAACAUGGUUAAAAUGUAAUUGAUGGUCAGUAGCUCUCUAUCAAUUUUAGAGUGGAUACAGCCCCAACUCUCAGCUGUUUACCAUAACAAGUGCCAGGGUGGCAUUUAUGAUGACCCACUUUUCUGUCACGACUGCCCACUAUCUCACUGUCCCCAGCCUCUUUCUGUUGGAUGGCAUCGCUGAUCUGAUAUAAAGAUACAGCAUUUCUAUCACAAAGUAUAAACUUCAUCUGUGUUGUGCAGACCAGCUAAAAGCUCUCUCUGUCAGAGAGUACUUGUGCUAUGUGGGGCACGUCCCACCAGACCAAGCUAUCAAAACACUUCAGUCCACAAGUGGCCUAUAUAUAAGCCCUCGCCCCAUAUCUCUCUGACAGGAGAUUCAUCUAGCAGGUCUUUAUAUUAACUAUGCACUGACUGAUAUUGACUACAGCAAAAGAGGGGCCUGGCUUUGUAGGGUUUUGUAUACGUAUAAGAAUCAUAUGUGCUCAUCUGCUCAUAGAUUGGCACAACAAUGUUGUAUGCAAAGGCAUUUCUCUCUCAAAAGACAUCGAUUUAACCUUAAAACAUAUAUAGCAUACACGUUGGUGGUAUCUUGUCUCCAUCCCUCAACUUUACAAAUAUCUCUGUGGUCUUUCAACACAGUGUCCUCCUGAAGGUAUCUUCAGCUCUUCAUUGGAGCCAAGAAUCUCCAGAGGUGUGAGCAAUUAAGAAGGGCCGGAGGGUAUUUUAAUAUAGUAACGGGUCUUAUUCCCCUGCCACGGGAGGGGCCAAGAUGUCCUGCUUUACUGUGACCAUUCUUAAAUCAAGCCCCUCCUUUCAAACUGCCCCACUUUCAGUCUAGACCCGCUUUCAUCCCAGCUGCUUAUUAAUAUCCACAUCUAGGUUAAUUAGCACAGAGACCGUGGUGUGUUCCAUCCAGAAAUAAGACCAGCACUCCAGUCACGUUGGGGAACGGAGGAGAGCAGCGUGGCUCAACCACUGGGUGGACUCAUUUUACUUCACCCAGGACAAAGGGUUGGCGGAAUUGGCACAUUUUAGACUGUCCUAUUGGUCCUGAAGUAAAUCUUUGCCCAGCCGAGGCACCAUACGAGCUGAAAUGAAUGCACCCAUCCUCUCUACCAUGGUUUGGAGAUGGAAGGCCUAAGCCAAUCAGAGUUAACCACCAGGUGGAUUUGUUUUUCUUUGUUAGAGAGAGAGAUGAACUUUAAUGCAUCAACCUAGAUUUUUUCUCAGCUAACGUAUGAGGGUUCCCUUUGCUCUAUUUGUUUAGUUAUAUUUGGUUAUGGUCCAAAUGUUCCAUGGCAACCCUUCUGCUGUCAUGGCACAGUAUAUCACAGAAACACCUUUGACCAGUGACAUUUUGCUUUAAUCAAGGUAGAGGUCUGGUUGGUAUGUGUUAGCAGGUGACAGCUAUUUUGGACAGGUGAUUGGACACCAAUGAUUAUUUAUUUAUUAUGUUUAUUUGAGAUGGACAAUGUACAACAAAACAUACGUCUCAGUGUAUGAGAAGUGAUGUGUUGCACCAGAUUGAGCUGACAGCUAAUUUACAUCUGCAGUCACCGGUUGUAGGCAUGGUGCAGGCAGGCAGUGUUCCACACAAACUGUUCAGGACUGGAGCUGGAACUCAGUGCCUCAUUCCCAGUCAUCUAGCAACCAGCAGUUAACCACAUGAUAUGAACUUCCUCCUGGUGAUUAAAGUGGUCAGCUGCUACAGCACAGCCCUGGUGACAGUCACACUAGUCACAACACUUAAGAGGGACAGACAUUUAUUGUAGACUACAGUGAGGUUAUACCCAGCUAGCACAUUUGAUUCCUUGGAAGUUGUGGGAAUGUAUGUUUUUGUUUUCCCAUUUGUUCUGGUUACGAAGCCAUACGUUUCCUGACCUUUAAACUGAACGUUUUCUAAAUGUCGCCUGUUCUGGGAAUGUUAAUUGUUAGGAUGCAGGGAGGUUCUGUGAACGUUUUGCUAUGAACGUUUUCCCUGAAAGUUUUGCUGGGAGGCUUUGUUAACGUUCUGAGAUCGGAAAUGAUAUUUUAUUUGAAGCUAAUUAAAUUACGUUAUUUGAAAUUGUUUCAAUAAGAAUUUUAUUAACACUGCUAGCUUAGGUUAACUGUUUUGAACUCCCAAGCACAGAGAGGACACAUGGGAAUUCAUUGGUUUAGUCAUUAAUCAUGCAAACAGAUCAAAUGUUUUAUUGUUCUAUGACAUCAGUGAGAUUCAAACCUAUGGUCUUCUACUCUCUAUCCAGGGAAUUAGUCCACUGCGCCACCAGGAUGGAGCUAGUGUGCUAUGUUUUUUAAAACUCAUACAAAACUGUUCAUUUUAGUCUAUUUAAACAGACUCGAUUUCAAAGGAAACAAGCACUCAUUAAGAUGACACCUGAACACAGAGGAUAGAGAUAGUUUUGUUGAUGCUGAGAACUGAAUGUAUAUGUUUUUAAAUAACAUUUUUAUAAUUUUCUUUGAACAUUACUAAUGUUUUCUUGUGUUUUUUUUUAAUGGAAAGUUUCCUUAAUGUUCUUAGCACAUAACUUUAAAUAGAACCAUGAGGAAACCUGCAGAAAACGUUACUCUGAAGUACUGUUUCCACAGAAGAAUGUUGUUUUUUAGCGUUCUCUGAAUGAUCUUGAGAAUAUGACUUUAAAUAGAAACAUGAGGAAACCUGCAGAAAUGUUAUGCUGAAAUACUGAAAUUACUACAGAAGAACGUUGUUUCUUAACGUUCUCUGAAUAAUCUGAGAACAUUACUUUACAUAGAACCAUGAGGAAACCUGUAGGAAACAUUAUGGGAAGGUUGUAUGCUAAAUAAACAUAGGACAACCACACUCUCACCAAGCUCUAAGAAACAUAUGGUUCUCAGAACGUUAUGUGCUAACUGGGUACUGUCCUUCUGUCUACAAUAUACAGUAGGUCAUACCUGUACCAUUUUAACUAUCUUUGACCUCAAGAAAAAUGUAUAGUGACCAAUGUUUUGCUCAAUUCUUCAUCUAAAAUGAGCAUGGUAUAGCCUAGUAAGAAAAUGUAUAUUGUGCGCUAUUUUUGUGAGUUCAGGGAGAAUGUGUUAUUGUCCUAGACGCAUAGUACUGGUUGAUCUAGUAGUUUGUCUUGAAAAUAAAAACUUGACUUGCCAUAGUGAGCUCCAUACAUAUAAUCAGCGGAAUAUUGAAGCCAUUGUUGUGGUGGUACACUUUCUGGACACUUUCUUUUGUGUGAGUGUCCAAUGACACAAUCUUUCCACAUUUUACAGCUCUUAACUGGCCAUUGCAGUGCCAUGUUUUCCACUGAUGCUAGGUACAUAAAGGGCUGCUAAUAUGACUUUAACGUAAUAGAGACAACAAGAAGCGAGUGUAGAGUCUAUUUCAGGAUGAAUCACCAGUGUAGUAAUAAGGCCUGGCAGACUGUCAUCUCUGAAGUGGAGCACCUCUUUAAUGAGGGAACAGAUGUCAUUGCCACCAAACUUGGGGCCAAUUUUUUUUUUUAUCGAGUCAACACAGAUAAAAAUAGAUCUGUUGGAGCCACAGCUGGGAGUAUUAAAAAAAAUCUAAUUUCAAGACAAUAGUUAGUAGUGUUUCAGGGCUUUGGAGUUGUUUUGUAGAUAUUUGUAUAGAGAAAUUUGACAAAAUCGUGUAUCAUCGAAUCAUUUGUGUUUUCUCUCUAAGAUGUAACAAUCCUAUUACCAGUGUUCUCUCUCUCACCACAG